CAAGGGAGAGUAUUUGAACUAUGAUAUAAUUAUUUGUUGGAGAGAAACGUGUGCUAUCCUAAUGAUGACUUUAGACUCGUCUUUGUCGUUCGGUGCAUUAUCAAAAGCGUAGUCUUAUUUGGUGACAGCUCAACCUCAAAUGCUAGUAAUAUUUGUCAUAGAGAGGCGGAUUCAUUUUUUAUCAGUCUUUUUUUGUUUGGACCUUUGGAUCUUUGAACUUCUCAAAGUUAUAAAGGUACUGAGCGACAAAAAAUAAAUUUACUAUCCAUGUAACAUUGAUUUAGUGCUUUGCUGGAUUGCCACUGACAAACUUCAAGGAUUUCCUUAUUUUUUGGAGAGUCGGAGAGCCACACUUCAGCGCCGCAGAUGGAGCAAAUCGACCGCCGGUUCCGGCUGGAGAAUGAGCCGAUCACCGCCGACACCAAACUCAUUGCCGAGAGGGAGCUGCGUGAAACCGACGAACGCGCCAAUCAGGCCAUCAACGAACUCAGGACUAUGCUCAGAGAACAACAUAAAUUAUAUUUCGAUGACAGUGAUGAAAUGCUACGAGUAUUUCUCAGGCCUACAAAAUACUACCCGGAUAGUGCAAUGGAGUUGAUGAAGAGGGUGGCUGAUUUCAAGGAAAAGCACAUUGAGCUGCUGAGGAAUCUGAGCGCAGAGUCCGACAAGAAAGCAUUGGUCGAGAACAAAGUGGUGAAUGUACUCGUCAACAGGGACCAGAAAGGCAGGCGUGUACUCGUAGUCAACAUUGGAAAAAACUGGGAUGUGAAGAAAGUGAAAUCAGAACAGCUAUUCAGAUUGUUCUACUUAAUCCACUUAGCGGCCAUGAUGGAGCCUGAGACACAGGUGCGCGGGGUGGUGGUGCUGCUUGACUUCGAGGGCCUCUCACUCAGCCAGGCCUGGGCCAUGGACCUCACCUUUUCAAGCCGGCUGCUUACAUUCAUCCAGUCCGCAAUGCCUCUUCGUCUGAAAGAAGUCCACAUUGUGAGAGAGCCAGGUGUUUUCAAACUGGUUUGGGGAAUCUUCCAGUCAUUUGUCAACCAAAAAUUAUCAGCUAGGCUUCAUAGACACGGCUCCAACUUCAAGGCUCUGCAUGAGUUCAUUGACCCCGCCCACCUGCCAGCUGACUAUGGCGGCUCUCUGCCCAAGAUCGACUACAGCAGCAAGGACUGGUACCCCACUCUCUGCACCAUCGACAGUCACAUCAAAGCAUGGAUGAACUACGGAAAUGUCAAGACAGAGUAACUUACUGCAAAUUUACGUCACAACAAGCAACACAAAGCAAUAACUUCAUUCUAGAGAGAGUUGAUAGAAAACUCUGCGAAUUAUACCAUCCUAGAAGAGAUGUAACCAUCUAAUUAAUUUGUAAAGCCGAUAACUUAUGGUUGAUAAGUUGAAUAAUAUUAUUAGAUAAAUUGAAAUUCAAUAGAAUAAGUACCUGAUGCCUUCCACUUUUGUUGAGGGGCAAAUUUUUAAAGCUCAAAUGUAGGAUUUACUUGCACUACUUGCAAUAUUUUAACAUUGGGGACAAUAAAAAAUAAGUAACUUGGAAUAUUAGUAUAUUCUAAUAUGGAAUAUUAGAAAAUAUGAUAUUUUAAUUCGUGGAUGUGUAUUCAUAUCCACAGAAUAUUAUCAUCAUAGAAUAGCAUUCCAAUCAAUUCGUUAAACAAUUUUUGACCUGGUUUAAGCACUCGUCUUAUAAUUAGAAUAAUAACUUACUUUGGACCAUACUGUUCAUUACCAACGACCAUUAUUACAAUUUAAUCAUUGAACAUUCGAUAGUUAAUUCCAUUAACAGAAUACCAUUGAAUAUUUCAUUUGCCUUAUCUUAUGUUCACAUUAUCUUAUCUGACAUGGUAAUGAUGCAUGUACAGAUAAAUUGAAUUUCUUAUACCUACUAAUAUAACUAGAAAUUAAUCUAAACUGAAAUUAUAAAGGAAGCUAGAAAUAAAACUAAUACAAAUCAAAAUAAUUGGUCGAUAAAACUUAAAUAUCAUUAUUGAACAUAGAAGAACUGUUAAAACUCAUAAGAGGUGUAAUAAUUUUCAUAUUGAAUUAUUAUAAAACAUUCCAUAUCGCAAGGUUGUACUGAGAGAAGUGAUAUUUUCAUGUGAUAUUCUAGAAAUAGACUGAAAAAUAAACAUAUCCAGUUUAUAGUGGGGAAAAUUCUACUUUCAUACUUCCAAUUUUGUAAAAUUUUAUUUCUAUAUUUAAUAUAAAUUCUCAAAUCUAUUUUAUUAAUGGUAAACCAUAGCUCUGCUCACUUUCAAUAAAAUAAAAUAAUGUAUUCCUUUAGAGUAAUCUAUUACAAUUCCAGUCUCAAUGUUUAAAAAUAAUUUAUAGUGAAAUUUAUUAACAAUACUUCUUUUAAACAAUUUAUUGCUUAUAUUACAGUAGACAAAUGUUUUAGUAUUUAUUAUGAUAUAUUGAGACUAUGCUUAACAUUAUAAUGUUGUUGUAAAUAAUUAUUAAUAUAGGAUAUUUAUAUCAAAAAUAGUUUUUAAUAUAGUGACGUAAUUGCUCUAGAUACUCAUUUCCAUGUAUUAUAUCCAUGUUUGUUAUCGUAGUUGUAGCAAAAUAUUAUUGUGUUUCAAAUUCUUUAUAGAAGGCCAAGUUGAAUAGUUUAUUGCUGUUCAUUUUUUAGACCUCCUCUGAUGGGGAUCCAAAAUAACUGAGAAAGAAUUUUAAUUUUUAUGUUGUUAAAUAUUUUAAGGAUGAUUUUUUACACUAUCAAAUAAAAAAUAUACCGUCAA